AUGCAGGGCAGCACAUAUCCUUAUAUUGCGAACGCCGACCAGUCUCCUACCACGUCGUAUUUCAGCGACAACGAUCAGACAUUCAACAACGUCGGCUACGCACCAUCAAAGCUCUCCCACACGCCUGCGGCUCAUCUGGCCAUGCAAAAUAUGGCCAUCGACCAGCACAACUCAACUUACAACGAGGACAUUCCAGACUUUGCACACUCGUCACGGCAUUCAGUGUCAAGCAGGGGUCAGGACUCACCGUCUACUCCUCAGCCGAGGUCGAGUUCUGACCAUGACAAUGACGAGAGGCCGCCUCUCUUCAAGAUGCCAACCAAUGACUACAAAGCCAAUGCCCCUCGCGUCGAGCUCAACCGCACAGAGUCUGCUGCUUUUGCCGAUGAGCUCUUCAACCCAAACAACUCUGAUUCCCUUCAGCCACCAACGAUACACACCAACAACAACAACAAAAUGCUCUCGCCACACCGCAACUUGAUUGACGAAAGGUUACGCACCGCAAACAGCAUCCGCUCUCACUCGCCAGUCGGAGAAAUGUCGCGCGAGCGUUCACCUUUCAGACAAAAUUCACCCUUUGCAGCCCCAGCUUCCUCGAACUUCAAAUCACCUGGGCCAUUCUUGGCUACAGCUGCAGAUUCAAGGCGCCAGCAGAGGGAAGAGGCCAGUGCUAGAGAAUGGAUGUCACACCAACCCAAGCUUCGACGGGAGACCACAAAGACCAUGUCACCAAAGGAUGCCCUCCUCGAUUUCAACGACACCGAGGGUGCAGAUAUGCCUCUGUUCGCUGACACGCUGCCUUCGGGUUACAACUUUACUGCAAGCAUGGCAGCUCCUCCAACAAACGUUGCUGGCUUCCGUGCUUCAUCCUCAGACCAAUCAUCCAUCGGUUCCACUACAUUCAACUUCUUGCCGCCUCAGCAACCAGUAAUGCCGAGCAAUCCUUAUGCUCCUGCGCAUUAUCGCCCAACUGACUUCAAUGCUGAACCCACACCAGACUUCCCUGCUCACCUAGCUACUAUGGAGUCAUCCAUGAGUGAGGGACCUGGCGCUUCUUCUCAA